AUGAUAGAUGAAAAAGAAACGAAUUCGAUCCGCUUGGAAAUUAUCAUGAGACCUCUGUCGAGCGGAAACCACGUCAGCGGCGCAGCCGAGCAAAAUGCCACUAUCAAAGAGUGGAUCUCCCGCAAGGACACACACGAGGUGGACCCAAUGCUCAGCGACUCCUGUCCCCUGCCGCAGGACGAUGCUGAGGCCGGACCGGCCGCAGACAACGCGCACUACCGCGUCACCGCAAGCAACUGCGUUUUAGCGGACUCUAAGCGUACUCGAUUCGCAUCUGGGAGGAGAUACUUCCCGGUUGCUGAUUGCGUGCGGAAGAACUUUAAGCCAUCCGGAAAGCGAUGGCGCUGAGCCCGGGGGGAGCAGAUUUGGUACGACAUUGUUAAUGCCGAAAGCGGUGCGGUGUUGUGCAAGAAUGCAGCCUACGGAUACCCAAAUCCAAGAACCCACGCGCACGUGCAAAACUGCGUUACUUUUGUGAAGGGAGUAAGCAUUUUCGACGUUGGAACAAGGAGGUGAAGUUGGGCCUCGCUUUGGGGAAGGCCGUACUCAUUUGUUGUGACGACGCAUAAAGGCAAGGAAAUUUUCCUGGCGUCUGAUUUUGAUAACUUCUGUUUCGAUGUUGAGUGCGAUUGUUUGGUGGCUGUCGGAUGCUGAAAAACAGAUGUCCCGGUAGUGAUAUGCCAGAAGCUGUGAGUUCAAAGAAAACACGAGAAAGCGAUGAAUGAAAUGUGAAAACGGGGAUGUGCGUCAAGCGCGGCGCUGCCUAGCAUUCCAUAUUACAGUCCCGGAAAAAUCAACACGUUGUUCCGUUUGCGUUACGAGGGGAAGGUAAAGGGUGAACCGAGACGAGCCGCAUAAUAAAUUGUGAUGUUUUCUUGGUGAGACGUGGGAUUUUACUUUUGGAGCGAGAAGCGUCUGUUUGACGCAGUGAGAUGGCGUAUUGCGUUUUCUCCAGAAGAUAUUGCUUCCGCAGUCUGAUGCGUUUCGUAGAAAAGUAUAUGCGCGCGCGUAUGACGAUAAAGCUUCGGCGUUGCUACAAAGAUGCGGCCUCGUCGGCGCGCGCGGUCGCCUGCAACAUUUCCGCAC